GGAGAUGAAAGGAGAAGGGAAAGGAUAGCUGGCCUGAAUUUCCUGCUCCUGGCAGCACGGGAUUCAGAGGAUGAUCCCAGGAACCAGAUCCCAAAGAUUCUCACAGCUCUAGCUGCAAACACAAGCCCGUGCCAGAAACCCAAGUUGUGCUCUCCAGCCAGAGGCAGCAGACAUUCACUCAGCCGCAGUCCUACCAAUUGCUGAGACUGCCAGGCAGGGCCAUCUGUUCUGCGGCCCUUCCCCGGAGGAACGGCACAAUGACCACAGUAUUUCUCUUCCAGCUUCGCGUCACAACAUGGAAGCUGUUGCCAAGUUUGAUUUCAUGGCCUCCGGUGAGGACGAACUGAGCUUUCACACUGGAGACAUCCUAAAGAUCUUAAGUAACCAAGAGGAGUGGUUCAAGGCGGAGCUUGGGAGCCAGGAAGGAUACGUGCCCAAAAAUUUUAUAGACAUCCAGUUUCCUGAGUGGUUUCACGAAGGCCUCUCCAGACACCAGGCAGAGAACUUACUUAUGGGCAAGGAGGUUGGUUUCUUCAUCAUCCGGGCCAGCCAGAGCUCCCCAGGGGACUUCUCCAUCUCCGUCAGACACGAGGAUGAUGUUCAGCACUUCAAGGUCAUGCGAGACAACAAGGGUAAUUACUUCCUGUGGACUGAGAAGUUCCCAUCGCUAAAUAAACUGGUGGACUACUACAGGACAAAUUCCAUCUCCAAACAGAAGCAGAUCUUCCUGAGGGACAGAAUCCGUGAAGAUAAGGGUCACCGGGGCAACAGUUUGGACAGGAGGUCUCAGGGAGGCCCACAUCUCGGCGGAGAAGUGGGGGAAGAAGUUCGGCCUUCUAUGAACCGGAAGCUGUCAGACCAUCCACCUCCGCCUCCCUCCCAGAGCCACCAGCACCAGCAGCUGCCCCAGCACUUCACCCCGGGGCCACAGCCACUCCCCCAGCAGCGCUACCUGCAACACCAGCAUUUUAACCAGGACCGCCGUGGAUGCAGCCUGGACAUAAACGACGGGCACUGUGGCAUGGGUAUGAGCAGCGAGAUGAGCGCAGCUCUCAUGCACCGGAGACACACAGACCCAGUCCAGCUCCAAGUGGCAGGGCGCGUGCGGUGGGCCCGAGCUCUGUACGACUUUGAAGCCCUGGAGGACGACGAGCUGGGAUUCCGCACUGGAGAGGUGGUCGAGGUCCUAGACAGCUCCAACCCCUGCUGGUGGACCGGCUUCCUGAACAACAAACUGGGCCUCUUUCCGGCCAACUACGUGGCACCCAUGAUGAGAUGAACCAUUUGGGGACGGGGGCUUUUGUCCCGUCAGAGAGGGAGCAAAGAACAAGAGCUGGACUACAUAACUACGUAUCCAUGAGAGAGCACAUGGGUGUGCGUGUGUAUGUGUGCCGUGUCUGAACAGCAUCUAUAAGUAUGCCUAUGUAUGUACACAGUUUACAAUAGUAUUUAUUGGCAGUGAAGUUGGUUAAUGAAUUGAUCUGAAAGGGA